UGAAUUCCUUAUUAAUCAAAGGCGAUCGAGAAAAGCUCGUAAUGCGAAACAUUGUCACGCACUGGACGAUAUCAAGUUAUACGUGGUUCUAUUAUUUGGAAACGUUUUUGAAUCGCACUUGUGAGAUAGUACUUCAGUUUUGGAAUUUUUGUUUGAUGUCGAGUGUGCGUUAUAAAAAAGUUGCCGCUGUUUAAAUCUCGGUAUGAACAACUUAUGUUUCAACAUUUAAAUAGAUCAUUCAUACGCACCGCUUUGGAAUCAAUAUCAAUGGCAACACAGACAACACGGGCUACUCAGCCAACUCAGGCAACUGACAGAGAAAAGAGUCAAUCUCGAUUUGACAUGAAAAUCUUAGGAGUAGAAGAAUUCACCGAAAGCAAUAAAAUUUGGCGCAUGCUAUGCGCCGAAUUUCUGGGCGCGUUCUCAUUGCUUUUCUUCGGCUGCGGUACCAUUAUGAACGUUAAAGAGGGAAUUUUAACCGUUCAAGUAGCCUUAACUUUCGGCCUAUGUAUCGCAGUUAUGGCACAAAGUAUCGGCCAUGUGAGUGGAUGUCACAUAAAUCCUGCGGUUACGCUCAGUUUUCUGGUUGUUGGUAAAUGCUCGAUUCUGAAAUCGUUAUGUUACAUUGUUUUACAAUGCGCUGGAGCUGCAGCUGGGUUUUAUGUUUUACUUCUCGUGACUCCUCAUGCGACCGAAGCUUCGUCCAAUAACCUCGGAAAUACAUCUUUAGGAAAAAAUGUCACACCUUCACAAGGAUUGGUAGUCGAGAUCAUCGCAACAUUUUUAUUAUGCUUCGUAAUUCAUUCGGUUUGCGAUGAAAGGAGAUCAGAUGUGAAAAUGAUUGCUCCUUUAUUGAUUGGAAUUUCUGCCGUCGUUUGCCAUUUAUUCGCAAUUGAUUACACUGGUUCGAGUUUGAAUCCUGCUCGUAGUUUUGGCCCUACUGUUGUUUAUGGCAAGUGGACCAAUCAUUGGGUUUACUGGGCUGGGCCUAUAAUCGGAGGUUGCGUCGCGUCGAUUGUGUACAAGCUGUUAUUUCAGGUACGUAAAGGAGAAGAAGAAACGAGUUCAUACGAUUUUUCAUGAAGAAUCGAAUCUCUAGAAAUGCGACGACUCUGAAAAUACCUACCUAUUAUACAAUUACUAGUAUAUAAAUUUUACUAUUACGCGAAUUAUGCGAGAUUUUUUCAAACCUAUUCAGAUAUAGAAUGAAACAAAUGCAUUUAUUUUAUUUUCUAUAUCGCAUUAUUCGUAUGCUACGCAUAUACUACAUGUAGAUAAGCGCACAAUAAAAUAAAUUAUUUCGACGUUACGAUUUUCCUUUGAUUUUUAUUCUAUUUUUUCUCUAAAUUUAAGUUACCAGCACACUAAGUUUUAAAAUGUGUGUAUAAUGUUUAUCUCUUCGUAAAUUUUAAAAUUUUAAUGUUAAGGUUGUUUAGCCUAUGCUCGAUUUACGUUCAAUUUCCUCGUUGUUUGUAUUGUACUUGUAUACCAAAAUUAACAUUAUUUUAUUCCUAAUUAAUUUUUAGUAGACUUGUCAGUAUUUUUAAUUUUUAUUUUAGACGUGUUUGAAAUUUGAAUUUAAUCUUAAGUUUAUUCUUCUGUGUACUUGUACGAGUUAUUUUUCUUCUUUGUUGGGUUUUUGAAACGAAAAUGACAUGGUUUUUGAAAUAGUAGGUCAAAAUCGGUUUUUAGUGAUUGAGAAAUCAUGUUAGUUACGAUAUGAAUGGUAUUUCACGAGCAGAAAUUUGAAGGCAGAUUUCGAUUAAGUUACGUGGUAUUUAUGUUAUCGAAUUUUAAAAUUGUCACAUUUAUCUUUUACAAUAAAUAUGGUAAUGAAA